AAUGACGCUGGGAUCCAGGAAAAGCGUGAUGGACCAAGAUACCACGCUUGGGUGUGCUGAUCUCCAGAGCCUUGACACGAUGCAGCCGAUGGAAAGGAAAAGGCAGGGCUACAUUCAUGAACUCAUCCAGACAGAAGAAAGGUACAUGGAUGACCUGCAGCUCGUCUUAGAGGUUUUCCAAAAGCCAAUGGCCGAGUCGGGCUGUCUCACCGAAGGAGAGAUGGGGCUGAUCUUUGUUAACUGGAAGGAACUCAUCAUGUCAAAUACAAAGCUACUGAAACUUGGCAGCCAAGCUGGACGGUGAUUUCUUUCCUCUUCAGAGCCUUGCGAGUGCGUAAGAAAACAGGAGGAGAAAAAAUGCCAGUGCAGAUGAUCGGGGACAUCUUGGCAGCAGAGCUCUCUCACAUGCAG